GCUUUGCCUAAUCGUCUUCCGUAACAGACUUUGCUUGGGUCGUACUGAUGAUAAUAUGUCCAUGUGAUUAUUUUCUCUCUGACUCCGGAUCCGUGUAAUCCACUGCUCCGCUUCCGGGUUUUCCACGCCGCCGCUUUCUCACAGCUCAGCUCGGAUCGCGCAGAGAGAAAUCCGUCAGCCGCGGGCCGCUCGCUCUCCGGCUGGACGGGACUCAGCAAACCCAGACAAGACGCGCGAAAAGGACUGAAAUAAAUCAACUGAGGACUGCGCUCAUUUGUUUUUCUUGCUUGUUUUUCUGACUCGCGCACAGGUCCGUGUCCCCUGUUUCUCCUCCAGCAGGACUCUCCGUAUCCCCGCAUCCCUUCAUCCCAGCGCGGCGGAGCGCAGAACUGCGCGCUCGUCUGCGGGAAUGUGAGCGCUCGCUCUCAGACGCGUCCCGUGUGAGCGGAGCAUGUGUGCGGUGUGCGCCGAGACGCGCUGUUCCUCUAAUUAUGAGACCUGCUUGUAUUGCCUGAACGAUUCAUGAAAGUUUGCAUCUGAUUUUUAUUCAACCUUAUCCAUUCACUCACUUAAAGGCUUGGAGGUCAAUGAUGGUUAUCUGCGAGAGUGACUUCCCUGGAUCGUUGUGACUACAGUGAUUUCGACCCAAAUAUGUGGAAGGCACCGAGACCGGUCAAAGCUAGGAUGGGAUGUUCAGAAUGGAAGUCUUUGGCUCUCUGUGGCCUGGUGUUCGUCUUGACGGUUGUACAGAGUUCUGACGGGUUUAGUCGGGCAGCCAUGCCAUUUGGCCUGGUAAGGCGCGAGCUGUCUUGCGAGGGUUACCCCAUCGACUUGCGGUGUCCAGGAAGUGAUGUCAUCAUGAUCGAAAGCGCUAAUUACGGCCGCACGGACGACAAGAUCUGCGACGCUGACCCCUUUCAAAUGGAGAACAUCAACUGCUAUCUCCCCGACGCGUUCAAGAUCAUGUCUCAAAGGUGUAACAACAGAACGCAGUGCAUUGUCAUCACUGGACCAGAUGUUUUUCCUGACCCCUGCCCAGGAACGUAUAAGUACCUUGAAGUCCAGUAUGAAUGCGUUCCCUAUAUUUUUGUUUGUCCCGGAACUCUGAAAGCUGUGGGAGAUCCGUCGUUUCUGUACGAGGCGGAGCAACAAGCGGGGUCGUGGUGCAAAGACCCCCUACAGGCAGGAGACAAGGUUUAUUUCAUGCCCUGGACCCCUUAUAGGACAGAUACACUUAUCGAGUACAACUCGCUUGAUGACUUUCAAAUCUCUAGACAAACUACGACUUACAAACUCCCCCAUCGGGUGGACGGCACAGGAUUUGUAGUUUACGAUGGGGCAGUGUUUUUCAACAAGGAGAGGACACGUAACAUUGUCAAAUUUGACCUGCGGACUAAAAUCAAAAGCGGCGAGGCCAUUAUAAAUAACGCCAAUUAUCAUGACACCUCACCGUACAAGUGGGGAGGAAAAACAGACAUCGACUUGGCCGUGGAUGAGAACGGCCUUUGGGUGAUCUACGCCACCGAGCAGAACAAUGGCAUGAUGGUUUUAAGUCAACUCAACCCCUACACCCUUCGCUUUGAGGCGACUUGGGACACGACCUACGACAAACGAUCGGCCUCCAACGCUUUCAUGAUCUGUGGGGUGCUGUACGUGGUCCGGUCCACUUACGAAGACAACGAAAGCGAGGUCAGCAAGAGCCUGAUCGACUACAUGUACAACACCAAACAGAAUCGAGGCGAGUACGUGGACAUCCACUUCCCCAACCAGUACCAGUACAUCGCAGCUGUGGAAUACAACCCACGAGACAACCAGCUAUAUGUCUGGAAUAACUUCUACAUCCUACGCUACAAUCUGGUGUUCGGACCUCCUGAUCCAGCUCACGCACCAGCUAUCGCAGAGGCAUCCACGACGCCCAAGAUACUAAAACCCACAACCACUACGACGACGACCGUUCAACAGAGAGGUCAGGUGACUACGGUUACCACUAUAGGGACCAAUCCUGUUAACAAGACACCCAAGGCACCAGCCGCACCUCCCCAGACCACCACGCCACCCCCGCUGGAGUCCUUUCCUCCUCCAGAGCGUUUCUGUGAGAGCGUGGAGCUCAGAGACAUCCUGUGGCCUCAGACACAGAGGGGCAUGCUGGUGGAACGGCCCUGUCCCAAAGGAACCCGUGGCACUGCUUCUUACCUAUGCGUUCUGUCCACGGGGACCUGGAACCCAAAAGGUCCGGAUCUGAGCAAUUGCACGUCCCACUGGGUGAAUCAAGUCGCUCAGAAGAUCCGGAGUGGGGAAAAUGCAGCCAACCUGGCGAACGAGCUGGCCAAACACACCAAAGGAGCCAUCUUCGCCGGUGACAUUAGCUCCACCAUGAGACUCAUGGAACAGCUGGUGGACAUUCUAGACGCCCAGUUACAGGAACUGCGACCGAGCGAGAAAGACUCAACCGGCCGCAGCUUCAACAAGCUUCAAAAACGAGAAAGAACGUGCAGGGCGUAUAUGAAGGCUAUCGUGGAUACAGUCGACAACCUACUCAGACCGGAGGCUUUGAAAUCCUGGCGCGAUAUGAACGCCACGGAGCAGACGCAUGCGGCAACCAUGUUACUGGACACCCUGGAGGAAGGAGCCUUCGUCCUUGCAGACAAUUUAAUGGAGCCGGCCAUCGUCAAAGUGCCAGCGAGUAAUAUAAUUCUUGAUGUUUACGUGCUGAGCACAGAUGGGCAGGUUCAAGAUUUCAAGUUUCCCCAGAGCGGCAGGGCUGGUAUUUCUAUCCAGUUAUCUUCCAAUACAGUCAAACUCAACAGUCGUAAUGGUGUAGCCAAGUUGGUAUUUGCCCUUUACAAGAACCUGGGGCAGUUUCUAAGCACGGAGAACGCCACCAUCAAGCUCGGGCACGAGGCGAACGGACGCAACCUCUCUGUGGCGGUGAAUUCAGACGUCAUCGCCGCCUCGAUAAACAAGGAGUCGAGUCGUGUAUUUAUAUCGGAACCUGUGAUUUUCACCCUGGAGCACAUCGACAUGCAACAUUACUACAACUCAAACUGCUCUUUCUGGAACUACUCGGAGAGGACAAUGAUGGGAUACUGGUCCACUCAGGGCUGCAAACUCAUCCAUGCUAAUAAAAGUCACACCACCUGCUCCUGUAGCCAUCUCACUAACUUCGCGGUGCUCAUGGCUCAUCGAGAGCUUCUGGGUGCAGAUAAGGUCCAGGAGCUUCUGUUGAGCGUCAUCAGUCGCGUGGGUAUCGUGGUGUCCCUCAUCUGUCUGGCCAUGAGCAUCUUCACAUUCUGUUUCUUCCGUGGUCUCCAGAGCGACAGAAACACCAUCCACAAGAACCUGUGCAUCAACCUCUUCCUCGCAGAGCUCAUCUUCCUCAUCGGCAUCGACAUGACGGAGCCCAGGAUGGCCUGCUCCGUAAUCGCAGGAAUUCUGCAUUACUUUUUCCUGGCGUCUUUCGCUUGGAUGUGUUUGGAGGGGGUGCAGCUCUAUCUGAUGCUAGUGGAGGUCUUUGAAAGCGAAUAUUCACGCAGGAGGUAUUUCUACAUGGCGGGAUAUCUCCUCCCCGCUGUGGUCGUGGGUGUGUCUGCCGCGGUCGACUACAGGAGCUACGGGACCAAAAAGGCAUGCUGGCUGAGAAUGGACAAUCACUUCAUCUGGAGCUUCAUUGGACCAGUCACCUUCAUUAUCAUGCUCAAUCUUGUGUUCCUGCUCAUCACGAUGUACAAAAUGAUGAAACACUCCACGUCGCUGAAACCUGACUCCAGCCGCCUGGAGCACAUAAAUAAUUAUCGCGUCUGUGAUGGCUAUUAUAAUUCUGAUUUGCCUGGCUAUGAAGAUAAUAAACCAUUUAUCAAGUCAUGGGUCAUGGGUGGCUUCGCUCUGCUCUGUCUCCUGGGCCUGACCUGGACGUUCGGACUGUUCUUCAUCAGCGAGUCAUCUGUGGUGUUGGCGUACCUCUUUACCAUCUUUAACACCUUCCAGGGCAUGUUUAUCUUCACCUUCCACUGCCUCCUUCAAAAGAAAGUUCGGAGAGAGUACAGCAAAUGCCUCCGCCACACGUACUGCUGCAGCAGGAUCCCGACAGAAAGCUCGCACAGCUCCACAAAGACCUCGACAACACGGACAAGCGCUCGCUAUUCCUCUGCUACUCAGAGUCGAAUCAGAAGAAUGUGGAACGAUACAGUCAGAAAACAAUCCGAAUCUUCUUUCAUCUCAGGAGAUAUCAACAGCACAUCAACCCUCAAUCAAGGAAUGACGGGCAAUUAUCUUCUUACUAACCCUCUGCUGAGGCCGCAGGGCACUAAUAACCCCUACAACACAUUACUGGCCGAAACUAUCGUAUGUAACACGCCGACGGUACCAGUCUUUCACUCACCAGUGACCUACAGAGAGACAAGACACUCUGUGACCAGCGGCAGAGACUUGAAUACGUUCGGUACUCUACCACUCAACGGGAACUUUAAUAACAGCUACUCACUUCAUAACUACGGCGACGGCAUGCAGGUGGUGGAUUGCGGGCUCGGUCUCAACGACACGGCCUUCGAAAAGAUGAUCAUCUCCGAGCUCGUGCACAACAACCUCAGGGCCGCCGAGUCCCGAAUCGGCACCAAAAGGGGGGGCGGGAUCGGCAGAGGGGAGGAGCCUGUCGUCGCAGAGACGUCAUCCCUUGUGCAGGUGGGCGGAGACAGCGAAAUAGGGGGUCUGGGGAUGCACCACACGCAUCCUCGUACGCUGGAAGCCCCCCUCAUCCCCCAGCGAACUCACUCGCUCCUGUACCACACGCAGGAGAGAGCGAGGCCCGACGAGGAGGUCGUUUCGCAACCCUGCGGUUUCAUCAGCCAACUCCCGCCUCCGGCCGAGACCGCCCUGCCCUCCCCCAACAGAGACUCGGUGUACACCAGCAUGCCAAACCUCAGAGACUCGCCGUUCUCGGAGAGCAGCCCGGACGUCUGCCAGGAACCCCUCUCGCCCUCCAAACACAGUCCGAGCGAAGACGUUUACUAUAAAAGCAUGCCUAACCUGGGCUCCGGCCAGCACCUGCACGGGUAUUAUCAGAUGAGCAGAGACAGUAGCGAAGGCCUCAUCAUCCCUGACUCUAAGGACGCCUGUGUCCCCGAGGGGGACGUACGGGAGGGACAAAUGCAGCUGGUCACGAGCCUUUAGAGCUGUUUUCGUUAUAAAACUAACUGUAAGCACCGCCCACCAUGUACACAGCCCCGCCCAUCCACUGACAGCCAAACGAUCUUCCUGUUUUUAGCCUCCCACAUAACUGCACAUAUGCUGGAGACAAACUGCUGCUGUCAAAUGAGUUCUAGCAGGCCCAGAUGGAAUCUUUCAUUUUCUGUGCUGAUAUUUUUGGGUUGACGGGAAAUUCUGGGAAAUGUAUUAAAAAAUAUUUUUAAUUAGUUUUUUGUCAUGUUUUCCAGUAAACAACCAGUUUAAAGGCAAUAUUGGAUUAGAUAAGACUUGUUUUCAGAGAAAUUUUGGUUUUAUUCCUCAUUGGCACGUUGUUGUUUUUUAACAGAGAUUUUUUUUUUUUUAUGGAAUAGGAAAAAUAAACUUGUUCUCUGAUAAAAAAAUAGAGCCAUACACAAUUUUCCUUUUUUUUCUAAAUUGAACUUCUUUUAUAGAUGUUUGGAAGUGUUUACUGAAGACAAGAUGGAAAUACUGUUUAAGAAAAUGAUUUUUUUGCGGUGUAUUUUUAUUUGAAUUAUCAAUUUACCCCGAAUAUUUAACAAACAAACAAACAUGGGCAGGGGGUGUGAAGAACUCCGUGACGAAUGUUUAAUUUCUGUGGAAAUCUAAGCAGCUUUCCGCAUGCACAGAUUCCGUGUGGGCCUGGUUAUAGGAAUACAAUUUCACAUAAAAAAUUAAAAUAAACAAAAAAAUUAUAAUAAACAGUUCUUGUUCCAGUGCAUACGUGCAUACAUAAAGAUUGUACAUAUGUUCACAUUUCUCUUUUAAAUGCAGUUUUGAUUUUUUUUUUACUAUAAUUAUUAUAUACAAAAUUCGAAUCUCCACACCCUAAACACAUGCAGAUCGUCCCAAUUGGAUUCAAGUUUCGAAGCCAGGAUCUAUUAUCACCCUUUACAACCAUCAACAAUAUUUCAUAUGACCACUAGCAAUCAGACCCCAGGCCUUAUAUUUUCUCAGUUGUAAUUGAAACUGUAGAGGGUUAUGAUAUAACAAAGAACAAAAUAUAUAUUUUGAUGUAUUGAUUGUGUAAAAUACAAAUAAAUAAUGACAACCCUAAAUGUAAAGAUGAUUGUGUACUGUAUAAAGUUCUGAAGGCGUUUAUGAUGCUUUCAGUGAAUUACCAAAUGUACGUUACAAAUAAGAGAGAUCCCUUCCUGAAAAUGAUUUUUUGCUGCUUCGGAUGAUUUAGUUGUAAUAGUUUUUGAAGAUCUCGUGCCUUGCACAAAUUUAUUUUCGUGCAAAUCUGUGCAACGCACGAAACGUAGCUGAGCGCGGCGUAGGACGACUGUAAAGACGCAGCUGGGGUUCAAUAUUUAUUUAUUAAAUUAUUCUUAAAAAAAUGAUAGUUUAAAAAUCUUUUGUGAAUAUUUUACAGCACUGGUUGACGUAGUUCAUUCUCAUAAGCAUUAUUAAGGAACCCAUCAUGAUGAACAUGUUAAGGAGCCCGAUACUGAAAGGAUGUAAAGUUCAACACUUGUUUAACAAUAAAUAAAUGUGAAUUUUUGUCUAA